CCCACUUUUCCAAUCCCACCAAAACCCAAAACGCUGUUUUUCAUCACAUGACGGACUACCGGAUACCACCCACCAUGAAUCUCUGGACAGACGACAACGCCUCUCUCAUGGAGGCCUUCAUGAGCAACUCCGAUCUCACCUCCUUCUGGGCCGCCCAGCCGGCCCAGCCCGCCGCCCACCCGCUCCACCAGCCCCAGUCUUCGGCUUCCACGUCGGACUACCCCCGCCCCCCGGCGCAGGCGCCGGCUCCGGUAUCGGCGCCGUUCAACCAGGAGACCCUUAUGCAGCGGCUGCAGGCCUUGAUCGAGGGCGCCAGGGAGAGCUGGACCUACGCCAUCUUCUGGCAGUCUUCGUACGACAUGUCGGGCGCCUCCGUGCUCGGCUGGGGCGAGGGGUUCUACAAGGACGAGAGGGACAAAGUAAAAACGAAGCCCAAAACGACGACGUCUCUGGUCGAGCAGGAGUACAGGAAGAAAGUUCUCAGGGACUUGAACUCCUUGAUUUCCGGCGCAGACACCUCCGCCGAUGACGCCGUCGUCGAUCAGGAGGUCACUGACACAGAAUGGUUCUUCCUCGUUUCCAUGACCCAGAAUUUCGUCAACGGCGGCGGGCUGCCGGGUCAGGCCUUCUUCCACUCCAACCCGGUCUGGGUCGCCGGGCCGGACCGCCUCGCUGCCUCUUCUUGCGAGCGGGCCCGCCAAGGUCAGGUGUUCGGGCUUCAGACCAUGGUCUGCGUCCCGACGGCGAACGGCGUCGUCGAGUUGGGCUCGACGGAGCUCAUAUUCCAAAGCUCGGAUCUGAUGAACAAGGUCCGUGUUUUAUUUGACUUCAACAAUCUUGAAGUCGGUUCUUGGCCUAUGGGCGGCGCCGCCGAUCAGGGCGAGAGCGACCCGUCGUCGCUCUGGAUCAACGACAACCCGUCCAGCACAAUCGAAGUUGUCAAAGAAUCAGUCAACAUAGCUCCGGCGACUUCAGGACCCAGUACCAGUAACCAUCACAUCUCCAAGAAUCCGAUUCCGUUCGACAAUAACCACCCUAGCUCCAGUGGCUUAUCGGACAAUCCCAGCGCCGUUCUCCAAGUCAGUCACCACCAGCAGCAACAACCCCAGCAGCAAGUCACGCAGACGCAGAGCUUCUUCACCCGGGAGCUCAAUUUCUCCGAUUACAAUGGUUACGACGGCAGCAGCGUCAAGAACUCGAAUUCCAAUUCACACUCCAUGAAGCCGGAGUCCGGCGAGAUAUUGAACUUCGGUGAGAGCAAGAGGACAUCUUACAGCGCCAACAACGGGAAGUUGUUUUCUGCUCAGUCCCAAAUCGCCGCCGAGGACACCAACAAGAAGAAAAGAUCGCCGUCGUCGAGGGGCAGCGAAGAGGGGAUCCUGUCGUUUACCUCAGGAGUGAUUCUACCGUCGAGUAGUGGUGUCGUGAAAUCUAGCGCCGGCCCGGCGGAUUCCGACCACUCCGACCUUGAAGCGUCCGUGGCUAAGGAGGCCGACAGUAGUAGAGUUGUGGACCCCGAAAAACGACCCCGGAAAAGAGGUCGUAAACCGGCGAACGGCAGAGAGGAGCCGCUGAACCACGUGGAGGCAGAGAGGCAGAGAAGAGAGAAGCUCAACCAGAGAUUCUAUGCUCUCCGAGCUGUUGUUCCAAAUGUGUCGAAAAUGGACAAGGCGUCUCUGCUCGGGGAUGCCAUCUCUUACAUCACCGAGCUCAAGACGAAGCUGCAAACGACGGAGUCAGACAAGGAGGACAUGCAGAAGCAAGUAGAGACGUUAAGUAAAGAGCUACAAGAGUCCCGGUCGUGUUCAGGUUUGGACCAAGAGCUUAAAGGGUCUACUAAAUUGAUCGAUUUGGAUAUCGAUGUCAAGAUACUCGGAUGGGACGCCAGGAUUCAAAUCCAAUGUAGCAAGAAGAACCACCCUGCGGCGAGGCUAAUGGCGGCGCUGAUGGAGCUGGACUUGGAUGUACACCACGCCAGCGUUUCGGUAGUCAAUGAUUUGAUGAUCCAGCAAGCCACGGUGAGGAUGGGCAGCCGGAUUUACACGCAGGAGCAGCUCAGAUUAGCUCUAUCAGCCAAAGUGGGGGAUGCCAGAUAAAACACAUGGCCACAGUUGGCUGAAUUACGGUGAGCUUGUAUUGCUACCAUCAGCGGCGGCAGGGUGCUUUUGGACAUUUUAUUUGAGGCUCCCGGCAAAGCAGCGAAGCCGAGCUCUGUAUUAUACUAUGCCUUCUUCUUUAGUAGAGUUUUGUUAUGUUGUUGUAGCAGUAUAGAAUCUGAGUUUGAGAUUGUUCUCCCACGAGCUUAAACUAGAUGAACAAUUUUUCCAUGUAGCGAAUGUAGCCGUAUUUGAAACCCCCGUGUUCCCAUAUCUUGUCUUGUAUCCACCAUCUUCAAUUUGUAAAUAUGUUUCAUAAAACUUGAACUCUCACGAAGUUCAUGAAUGUUCUGGCUUAGUG